AUGAUUUGUCUAUCUCUUUUUGGUAAUUUGACUACAAGUUUAGCCUGUAGCCCAGGUUUUUUCUCUUAUCAUUUAGCUCGAUUUAAUGCCAAGCGAAAUUAUGAUCAAGCUGUAGAUAAACUUUAUGUGGAACAUUUUGAAAAACCAAAAAUUGUUCUGAGUCCGAAAAUUGAUACCAAAUUUGCAAAGAUAAAAGCAGCGCAACUUCGACCAGUAAAAGAACAAAGUGAUCGUCCACGGUGCCAACAAUGUAAAAUGUUACAAUCAGUCAGUUCCUUCUGGUCUUGUCCAAUUCACUUUCGGAAGAUCAGAUGCAAAUCUUUCACUGCAAAGUAUUCUGGCAAUGAAUGUUUAACUGCUAAUGUUACUUGUACUCAGCCGAAUCUGUCGCAUAAAGCUUUGGCAUCGUAUCUUACAGUCAUUGGAGAUGAUUUGACAAACAAAGAGCAUGUAAUGCAUAUUCUUCAGUACGAUGGAAGGCAUAGUGAUAAUACUAGCGAUAUAUUUGAUGACAAUAAUUUGAAUAAUAAAAAAAAUUUUAAAGGGAAUUUAAUCUGUGAUGAUUCUGAAAGAUGGAUUAUCCAUGCAAAUAAUCGAAAAUAUAACGUUGAGUUACUGUAUUGCUUAGUAAGCGAUGCAAGUAAUUUGGUAUAUGUAAAAGAUUUAUUUGCUGAAUGA